AUGGAGGUAGUCGCAUCAACGGUGCGACUGCUGGCCGAUUUGCUGCUGUACAAGAUAAAUUUCCUCCGAUCCGUCCAAGGUAAGGUGGAGCUGCUCAAGGACGAGCUCAAGCGCAUCCAGUGCUACAUCAAAGACGCCAACCAAAAGCAGGCCGACAGCGAAGGCGUCCGCAACUGGAUAUCCGAGAUCCGGGAGGUCGCCCUCGACUCGAGAGACGUCAUCGAGAUGUUCAUCCUCAAAGUCGAGAGCAAAUCCCGCCUCGGGAGAUUCUCCACCUUCCCCAAGCACAUGCACUACGUCAACAAAGCCGGGAAAGAGAUCGAUGCCAUCCAGGAACGGCUGCAGGCCAUCCACAGGAGCCGCCUGAGCUACGGGAUCAGGGAUCUCGGGGAGGAGGUGGAGUCUGUCUCCGGAUCCGGAUCGAGAGUCGAAUCGUGGAGGCGGAUGCCGAUUUGGCAAAAGGAUGAGCACUUGGUUGGUGUGGAAGAUGAUAUGCAGACGCUGCUUCAGGAAUCGAUCCUAGAUGAGGGGAAGAGGGAAGGGCUCUCGAUUGCGGUCGUUGAGGGCAUGGCCGGGAUUGGGAAGUCCACGCUUGCUCGGAAAAUAUACAACGUUGUUUCCGGAAGAUUCGAUUGUCGUUGCUGGGUUGUGGUUUCGAGUGGAUUUGAUCCAAGAGAGACGAUCAAGCAGCUGAUCAUGCAGUUGCCGAAGUCUGCGCGACUGCGUGAUGAAAUCGGGAAAAUUGAGAAGUCGACGAAGGAUGAGAGGUAUCUUCUUGAAAAGCUUCAAGAAAUGCUACACGAGCAGCUCAAGGGGAAAACGUACUUCAUAGUUCUUGAUGAUGUGUGGGAGAAAGAACAUUGGGAAUCUCUGAGGUAUGCGUUCCCAGAUAAACAAGAUAAACAAAGUAGAUUAUUAAUCACAACUCGCAACAAGACUAUUACAAACUAUGGUGACUACGCCCUCGAGGUGAAGGUUCUAGACCAAAAACAGAGUUGGAAACUGUUCCUGAACAAGGCAUUCAUCCACACCAAAAGCCCCCAAUGCCCCGAAGAACUCGAGCCCAUUGGCCGAGAAAUCGUGGAGAAGUGCAAUGGCCUGCCUCUUGCCAUCACCGUGGUCGGAGGCUUAUUAGUCGAACCACACACGAAGAGAAAAUGGGAAGAAGUCUUGGAGCAAGUGAACUCUCAUCACAGAAGAACAGAAAGCAGAAUAUCAACAAUUUUGGAGUUAAGUUACCAAAACCUGUCUCCCGAAUUGAAAUCAUGCUUCUUGUAUCUCGCUUGCUUUAAAGAAGACGCAAAUAUCCCCGCGAAACGGCUGAUUCAUAUAUGGGUCGGACAUGGGCUAAUCCGCCGUGAAGGAAGGAGAACUGUGGAUGAGAUCGCAAGUGGCUAUUUAGACGAGUUGAUCAAUCGAAACAUGGUUCAAAUCAAGGAUUUAACUUUGGAUGAUCGUGUUAAAAACUGCCAUUUACAUGAUCUUUUUCGAGAACUAUGUUUGGUGAAAGCGAAAGAGGAAUUAGGUUUUCAGAUCAUCGAGAAGGGAAAGGAGGAGGAGGCGAUGGCGAGGAUGACAAAGCCUCGUCAUCGCAUUGUCUAUGGUCAGAACCUCGACACGCUGUCGAGGGACCAUACCCGCCAUCUCCGCUCUCUCUUCCUCGUCAAUUCCCACUCCGACCGCUUCAAUGAUGUCUGUGUGAAUACCCCAUUCCGUUUCUGGAAGAGUUUCCAGUUGCUCGAGAUACUCUACCUUGAAGGCGUUGGUUGGCGGAAUUUCCCUCACUCGUUCCGCUCGUUGAUCGGGUUGAGGUACCUGAGAAUACGGUCUGGAUCCUCUGAGAGGAUCCAGAUCCCGGGAUGGUUCGGCCACCUCGAGAAACUCGAGGUUCUCGACGCCACGAGCGAGAACCUCGAGUUACCUGACGCCAAUCCCGAGAUGGAGGGGUUGCGCUACUUCAGCGCAGCUCGCAUCCACGGACUAACGACCGUGCAAAGCUUGAAACGCGUCGAGACUUUGAAAUACAUCAGCGUAGACGACUUGCUGCGCUGCACGUUUCCCUCGCCCUGUCCUGUUCGAGAACUGGGUCUGUUUCUCGAGCAGGAAAGAGAGGGAAACGUGCUCACGAGAGCGAGGGUGUCGCUGGAGGAGAUGACGAAUCUCGUGAAGCUGGAGCUGAUGUGGGACCUGUCGCUGUCGAUCGAGCCCGCAUUGAUCCCUCGUCUCGCAGGCCUCACGAAGCUGAAGCUGCGAGGCGGGAUGAGGAGGUGCCCGGAUCCGGGCGUGUUCCCGACGAAUCUCACGCAUCUAACGCUUGUGGAGACGUUUCUAGAGGAGGAUCCGAUGACGGAGCUAGGCAAGCUGCCGAAGUUGGAGUACCUGAAGUUAACUGGCUACGCGUGCUUGGGCGAGAGGCUGAGAGUGUUGCAAGGGGGCUUCCCAUGCCUCAAAGGGCUAUCAAUUAAGGAUAUGUAUUUCUUGAAAGGGAUUGAUGUGGAAGAAGGUGGAAUGCCGCAGCUGAAACUUCUACGGAUUCAUCAUUGCCCUGCCUUGAAGACUGCCAAUUUGCCCCAGCGAUUUCUUGCAUCAUUAUAA